UACUGUCCUGUCUAUUUUUUAUGCGUUCUUACAUUUUACUAAAAAUUAGUUGUUACAUGUAAACAAAUAAAACUAUAACUUAUGUCAACUUCCGGUUUAAUGUACAGAGUGUUUUGAUGUCAAGUUGGUGCAAAUAGUUGAGGAACAUUACUCAGUGUAUAACUUUUCAAGUAAGUGUGUAAGUAAAGUGUUUAUUAAAGGGGAGAAAAUGGAUAUCAAUUCACAAGAUAAAAAGUCUGUUAAAAAAAACUAAACUGCAGUAUAUGCAAUAAAAAGUUCAAAACCAUAAAAACACUGAAGAAACAUGUAAAAGAAAUACAUACAAAUUUUGGACAACACGUCUGUACCUUAUGCAAGAAUAAAUUCAACUCCAAAACUUCAUUAUUGAAGCACAAGAACCGGAAAAAUUGUACCUCUAGUCAAAAUGGAAAGUCCAAAACCAAGAAAAGAAUCAAGUGUGGAUAUUGUGCCCAAUAUUUUGAAACACAAAAUGCUCUGAGCCUGCAUAUUAAAAAUGAACAUUACGAAGCGGCGUAUAUAUACAAGUGUCCGAAAUGUGACAAGAAAUUUAAGAAUCAGAUUGGAAGAUGCACUCAUAUAACAAGUGUUCAUAAUCCCAAAAACAUAUGCAUGUCCAUCAUGUCCAUAUACUUCCAACAAACCCUCUAACCUUGAUCGACACAUUCUCAUUAAUCAUUCAGAGAAAUCUAUCAUAAAAUCAGAACUAAAGAAGUUAAAAGUUUCACCAGCAGAGUUAGCACUUGAAAAGUAUCGUGAAUUUAAGAAAAAUCCAAGUGAUAAAAAUAUAAUUUCUACCAUAAUAAAAAGUGGAUACUACUUGAAGUUGCUGAAGCAACAGUAUCGGAAUCUCGAGCCUAAAAGACUUACGACCCCAGUUAGACUUGAUGAAGUGAGUGGACAACGCCACAAACAAGGAUGGGGUUAUAAAUCUGAUGGAAACGACCAACCCAUUCGCUAUGAGCAAUUGACAGAGGAUGAACAAAUUUCAUCAAAGAAAAUAUAUGGUUACAUUUGGCGAGAUCCAGCUAGUUUUGAGGUUGUAGACGUGUAUUUUGGCUUACACGAGGAGGAUAGCAAGGAGGCAGCAAAACUGAAAUGGCAACAAACUCUACGCUCAGCCAAGAAGGGAUGUACAGAUAUGAAGAUGUUUCGGGCUGGAUAUUUUUUCGACCAUGAGGAGGCAUUUGAGGUACCAGGGAUGGUUGGUACAUCAAAAUGGGUUGCUGGACAACUAAAAUGGUUAACCCGGAACGAAACAGGGUCAAUCUGCUCCGUCAAGCCGGAAGAAUGCUACACCUGGCUUGGUGACUACUUGGAACAACUCCGACUCUCUCUGCUGUCAAUAAAUGAACUUUGGCUCGACCAUAACCAAACUGUCCAGCUUGUCGACAAAGAGGAGCUUAUUCUGGCGAGAGGAUUGUUGGAGAAAGAAAGAGGUGACCGGGCUGACAUUGUAUUUGGGUUUGAAAAGAAGAUUGAGAACCUAACGGCCGAGAAUUCAACCCUGACGGCCGAGAAUUCAAAACUUUCACUCCGUCUGAAAGGCCUGAAGAGGAAGAGAAAGGAUUCCCGGAAGGUGAAUCGUUUACUGCUGGUUGAGAGACGUAGAAAGGGGGGAAAUACUGACGUUCCCAGUUUCAUCCCCGUGACUUUCAAUCUUGGUGCAGACGAUAACUUGGUGCAAGGAUCUCUACCCAAUUUCGACAUAUUUAGGGAUCAGUCGGCAGACGACGACGAAUCGAGUAGUGACGAUGAUGACGAAGCGUUGCAAUAUGCAAGGGUGUUAAAGGUGAGUGAUCUCAUUAACGUCGUCACACGGGUACUCGACCGCUCCGAUACCGAAACAGUAACUAGUCGUAAAGGUGAUAAUAUUACUCAAGAGACUGACGAGAACAAACAGACUGAAUUUAGUGGAAAAGUAUUUGUAGUUAAGUUAGGUGAUUAAUUGUUAAAGAUAUUUUUAUACUAGCCAAUGAACUUGUUUGGUGCUAUUGUACUUAGUUAACUAAAACGAAUGGUAUGAGUUUAUAAGUGGAUAAAUGAAAUAAAAAAGGAAGUGAGAAAUAAG